CGCUACACCGGAUAUUACGUUGUCUUCCUUCCUCGCGGACUACAGAACAGAACCGAUUAAGCUACAAAGUUAGCGAUGUCAGGUGUCGAGGAAAUUUCAGAUGAAUCUGUAGAAGUGAAAGAAGGCGAAGAGUUUGAUGUAGAGGCUGAGGACCACCUAAGGGAUGAUUUUUUGCUCGACCCGACUCGAUAUAUAUUUUACAGAGACCGAAAGGAGUGGGCUGACCUGGAGCCUGUUCCUCAGGAUGAUGGACCCAAUCCUGUAGUGAAGAUCGCCUACUCUGAAAAGUUCUCGGAUGUGUAUGACUAUUUCCGUGCACUCCUGAAGAAUGAUGAAAGAAGCGAGCGGGCCUUUGCAUUGACAUCUGAGGCCAUUGAGCUAAAUGCUGCCAAUUACACAGUUUGGCACUACAGGCGAGUACUGCUGCAAGCUUUAUCAAAGGAUCUGAGGGAGGAGAUGAGGUACAUUACCGCCAUCAUCGAGGAGCAACCCAAAAACUAUCAAGUCUGGCAUCACAGACGUAUGGUGGUAGAGUGGUUGAAUGACCCCUCGGAGGAAUUGGAGUUCAUUGCGGACAUUCUCAGCCAAGAUGCAAAGAACUACCACGCCUGGCAGCACAGACAGUGGGUUAUCCAGGAGUACAAACUGUGGGACGAUGAGCUGGACUUUGUGGAGAAUCUUCUGGAAGAAGAUGUGAGGAAUAACUCCGCGUGGAACCAGAGGCAUUUUGUAAUUUCUCACACUUCAGGCUUCUCUGAUGCAAUGGAAAGAGAGAUUCAGUAUUGUCUGUACCAGAUCAAGAAGGCUCCCAACAAUGAAAGCGCAUGGAACUAUUUGAAAGGGAUUCUGCAACCCCUAGGUCUGUCGGCUCAGCCAGGCCUGCUGGAGAGGGUCCUCGAGCUGAAGCAGACACACUGUUCACCUUAUCUUCUUGCUUUUCUGUUUGAUUGCUACGAGGACGCCUUAGAGAACAGCAAAGAAAAUGUGGCGGAAGAGGAACAACAGAAAACUUUAAAAAAGGCUCUAGAAAUUUGUCAACUCCUGGCACAGGAGGACACCAUCCGUAAAGAGUACUGGCUGUUUUUGGGACGUUCGUUAAAGAACAAACAUGGAAGCAGCGACCCCUCUGAUGAGCCUCUGGCAGAUGAUCCUGAGCCAUCAGUCCCAGUAUCCGAGCAGCAGGAGAUGAGCUAGGCCAGCAGGAGGCUCCCACCGUUACCACUCCUGUCCUGCUUCAUCGAUAUUGUCAGCAGAACCGACCCAUGCAGUUUAAUAUUACUGUAAAAUGCUAUAAUGUAUGGCUGAAGACGUUUCUUAAAAUAACCACUAAACAUGAGAUCGCCGAGGGAAAGGGAUUGGGAUGAAAUCAAGAUCUUAAAGUGUAACUACAUAGCAUAGAGAAGUGUAUUAAAUGUCAAAAAUAUGUCAACGUUUUUCCACCAGAAAGAACUAAAUAACUACACAUUUGAGCUGUGCGUCAUACAUCCGGAAUUGGAAAUCAUUUAGCCAGUUUAUCGUCACUUUUAGUGGCUGUUCUCACUUUGUUUGAAUCUGAAUACAUCGCUCUUUUUGUCUUCCGAAACUGAAAAUGUGCGUUUGACAGCAGUCACCGUUUACUGAUAAAGCCUUGUCAGUGUUUUUAUGCACACUUAAUUAAAUGUUUGAGUGAGGCUAGGUACACAUCUUGUGUUAAUAUCUGUUUAGAGAAAAGAAAAUCUACACUAGCAGGAGCUUUCUGACAUGGUUAUCGUGUUCCUUUGUAUUGUUUUUAAAAAAUAUAAUUUAUAUUUUUCAGAAUGUGGUCAUUCUGAAAUUUUCCAAAAACCUUUUUGUUGUAUCAGGAAUGUCGAGAAUUCAUGUGAUUUGUGUUUUAAUGGAGGACAGCAGAAAAGCAUCAUGAAGCAUAAAAAUAAAAAAAGUAAUAUUGAGAGUGGUUUGUAAGCCUAUCAGUGAUAAUAAAGCAGAUGAGAGAUGCA